AUGGAUGACAGUUCGCCUGAUCUGUCCCUGAAGCUGCGGCGGGGUUCGAGCGAUUCAAGAGAGUCUUUCUAUAUGGACUUCGCUCAAGGCAUCGAUUCUGAUAUAGAGGAAGUAACCACCAUUGAGCGAAUUAUACCCGAGCAUCCCGGGAGAGAGGGUGAUUCGGACACACUGGCAACACCAUCCGGUCUCGACGACAAGGACUUGUCACAAUGCUGUUAUUCAAUACCAGCGAACAACAUGUCAGGAGGAUCUCACGUGUCGCGAGGGACUUUCGGAGUUGACUCGGAAAUGUCAGGAAGUAGUGCUGCUCCUCUGCCCAGCCCCGCUUCUCCUGGUGCUGCACUGGUGUCUCCUGAAACCCUCAGUAGACAUAGCAGCCCGCCGCCCAUACCAGCACACCCACAGCCAGCGCCAUCCUGUUCAUCGCAUCGCGUUCACAUGGAAUCACCUAUGAGAAUAUCAAGUCCACCAUCAAUGUCUCUUGGCACGUCUUUGUCGCUGCAACCGAUGCUCUACCCUCAAGGGUCACAGCCACCUCUGCCUCCGACCAGACAUCAGACUCGUUCUUCAGCCGCUAUACAGAACAUGCAUGUUAUUAGUGCCGGAGACGCGCUUGCCACCACUUUGUCAGCUCUCUAUGGUAAACUGCUGGUAGUUAUGGGAGUGGCUUUCCCCAUGGCUGAAGUCAUCUCUACGUACAUUCCACCAUCAUUUUAUGAGGGCUUCUACCUAUAUCUAUACAUCGGCAGCAUGGUCUUCUUGCUGUAUAUGUACGCUGCCUUACUCCGGGACAGGUCCAGGUCAGCUGCGGAUACAACUGUUGUUGCCAAGUCAGAUUCAAGUUCAUCUCAAUCUGAAUCUGAGACAUCAUCUCAUUCUGAACCGACCGCCCCGCCGCAGCUCGCUGGGAAGAGGUUGUCACUGGGUUUCGCCCUCGCAACACGAACACAUCAUUACGGAAGCUUCUACUUAAGAAUGGGGGCUGUUGCCUUUGGCAUCGGUUCCAUGAUUUACUCUGGAUUGGAAUUCGGUCAGUACUGGGAGUUGGAAAGGAAUACUAAUUGUCAUAAUGUUCUCCUCGCCCUGACUCCGGCUACCAGGAUGGCAUUCAUCUUCAUUCAGAUGUACUUCAUCUUUCUAAAUAAUGAAAUGAAAGUUUACAAACACAAAAUAGUGGCCAGAUUCGGCUUAAUGCACAUGGUUGGCACGAAUCUUAGUGUUUGGUUGAACGUGCUGGUUCAAGAGACGAAACACGAGAUAUUGACUUUCUACGACCCUGAAAAUAAGACUAUCGGAUUAUCACAUCGAUUGGCAUUUCAAAAAGCCUUCGCUUCUCUAUCAACUGAGGUCCCGCCUUCUCACCCCGCGGCUGCACAUCUCAGAGUACCUCGCGGUUUGAAGGGACCUCAUCAUAUCUUCGAAUGCCGGCGAACUAACAUAAUGGGGUCCCUAGUACAAGACGCUUCCCCAUUCCUUUUUCCAUGCACCAUCGAGUAUUCACUGAUAUGUGCGGCAAUACUUUAUGUUAUGUGGAAAAAUAUUUCCAAAUAUCCUUCCAAAGACGUCGCCGAAGCUAUAGCCAAAGCGCGUAUAUUGGAAGGAUUGGCAUACAAGAAAUCUCCGCAUUUAUACAGCGUGGACUGCGCUAGAGCUCAUAAAGGUCUAUUCUUCGGCAUCUUGGUAUUGGUUCUUACUAUAAUAUCACUUAUUCUAUUUUUCGUUCUUAUAUCGAGGAGAGAAUAUGCGACUUUAGCUGUGGUUGAAGUAAAUGUUUGUGAAUUAGCGUUGUAUGCUAUGACUACAUUCGCAAGUUUAGCUGGAAUGGUAUGCGUAAGGAAUCUCAAAUACGAUGGAAAUAGGAAUUUGGAACUCGACAAUAUACUGCUAGUUGGAGCUCAGACUGGGAUGUUCAUUUACGGUACAUUCACAAUCAUCGGUGGACAUUUCACUAUAGAAAAAAAUACUAUCCUAAUCCUUAUAACUGCUCUAUCAUCUUUGGUCCAAACUACAUGUCAGACGAUGUUUAUUUUGGACGCUAGCAGACGAUCAGCUAAAACUCCGGAACAAUUACGCAAAAAGCCAGGCAGAGAAAUAGUAACGUUUCUUCUAGUAACAAACUUAGCGAUGUGGGCGAUCAAUACAUUGGAGAAAUCUCGAGCUGAAUCACAUCCAAUACAAUUGCAUUUCUACGGUCUAUGGGCUUGGACCAUUAUAACGCACGUUUCUAUGCCGUUGGCUAUAUUUUAUCGUUUCCAUUCAACUGUCUGUCUGUGUGAAAUAUGGAAACGGGCAUACAAGAUGAAGCCAGCUUAUAUGUAG